AUGGCUGAGCCACCUUCUUCCCCGCCAAAUCCAAACGCCACUACCGAGGAGUCCUUGACCUGGUACAAGAAUCAAUAUGAGCAGCUGGCUGUCGAGCUUGCCGAGUUUCGAGAGUCCAGUCACGAGCUCGAGGCAGAACUUGAAAAGGAUCUCGAGGCUGCAGACAAGAGGGAGCGAUCACUACGAGAAAAGGCCGAGGGUGCCCGGUUCGAGGCUGAAGAGUGGAAGGAAAAAUGCAAAAAGGCCAAGACCGAAGCCAAUGGGGCGCAAAAUGCCCUGGAAAAGGAGAUUACUACUCUCCGCGACACAAACAGGACACUUCAACUAAAACUGCGAGAUAUCGAGGUCGCCAAUGAUGACUUUGAGCGACAGGCCCGUCAUACGACCUCUUCGCUCGAGGACUUGGAACAAAAAUACAACCAGGCAAUCGAGCGCAGCGUCAUGAUGGAGGAAGAGGUCAAGAUUGGCGAAAAGGAACGAGAGAAUCUGAGAAUCGAAAACCAGAGACUACGCGAAGAAUUGUCCGACCUCAAGGUUGAAGCCGAAAUCCUGCAAGACAAGGUUAAGAAGGCGGAAAAUCGCCAUUUAUCCACCAUUUCUACCGAUAUUUCUAUUCCUGGAUCGCCCACCUUUGAAAACUCGCCGCGCUCAACGGCAAGCUCACCACUCAUUUCUACGCCACCCGACGAACUAUCUCUGCCUCCUCCGAGGAAACUAACUCCUGGACUCUCUGACCCUCCUUCGCCGCCCGUCUCUGAAGCCUCUUCGUCGCUCCCAAGACCAGCUUCGAGACUUCGCACACCCAUGCCUUCUUCUGCGACAAAGUCUAGACUACCCUCGGCAGCAAAUUUCAGCACUACGCCCAGGCCGAGAGCCAUGACGACCACGUCAAACAGCACCAGAACAUCCGGAUUCAGGUCCGCCACCCAAACCCGAACACCCGCGCCCACGAGGACGACUGCUCCCCGGGCCACGUCUCACAGAAUACCACCAUCCACUUCGCUCAACCACAUUCGCACUUUGACUGCGCAAAUGCAACGUCUCGAAGCCCGCGUGCAAAAUGCUCGAUCCAAGCUUCCGGCGCCCACUACAACCCCUCCAAGAGCCUCCCCACGAUCGGUACUUGGUAGCACCAGUGUCCCGUCCACGGUUACGAUAAGGAGUCGGAAACGUGGUGUUGGCUCGGGUGCCUCGGCGGCUCUUGAUGAGACGCCAUCGCAGUCUACCGGCGCUGGCCGGACAGGAAAGCACGUACCUCGGCUUAGCACGUCUGGGGUUUCUCGCCUGUCAUUUGGCCCGCUACCGAACCGGACCAGCAACUAUGAUCCCGACUCGAGCUCCGUGUCCAUUUCACGGCCGAGCAGUCGCGCUAGUGCAGCUUCUUCUCAGUUUGUGCGGCCGGACAGGCCAGUCUCACGAGCAGAAAUCGGACGUCCUGUUUCCAGGACAUCAAUGAGCGGAACCAAGACGCCACUGAGCCUGCGGCCUCGUAGCUCCUUGUCGGGCAGCCUCCACGGCUACUCUCAGAGCAUUGGACGGUCAGAAUUCGACGAGGCGGACGAAAUCUACGAAAGUCGCACGCCCAGCCGAAGAGGGACAUAUAGCAAGUUUACCUCGGACGCAAGCACUAGCAGCAUUCCCAUGCCGAGUACCAGUGGCAUUCCCAUGCCUAGACGGCAGAGCGCCGCCUCGUCCAGGCGGUCCAGCGUGGGGAUCAACACUCUGGCAGACCUCGGCGAGACGUAUUAG